UCUCUCUCAAAAAUACUCUGAUAAGCAGCAAACAAGGAGCAACCACAGGACUACAGGCAUUUGUAUGUAGCUAUUUAUCUUCAAAAGCAGUACAGCAGGGAUAUAUAAAAAACAUGAAAAGCAAAUUAAUAGGAUUUCUUAUGAACUUUUGGAUUUCUUUUUCACUCGCUUUGUAUUUUCACAUUGGAGAAAGAGAAGAGAAAUGCAUAAUUGAAGAUAUUCCCAGUGACACCUUGGUAGUUGGGAAUUACAAAGUACAACGCUGGGAUAUACAUAAACACGACUUUCUUGAAUCUGCUCCUGGUUUGGGAAUGUUUGUGACUGUCACAAGUCCUACUGGUGAGGUACUGUUGUCAAAACUGUAUGGGCCACAAGGGACCUUUUCUUUUACAUCCUACUUCUCUGGGGAGCAUAUCAUCUGUUUCCAGUCUAACUCCACAAGAUUUGCAGUGACUGCAGGAAGUAAACUGCGUAUCCACUUGGAUAUCAGAGUUGGGGAACAUUUUUUGGAUGAAUCUGCUAUUCAAGCCAAAGACAAAGUGAAUGAAGUUAAUGUCAGACUAGAGCAUCUAAUUGAGCAAAUUCAUCACGUAACCAGAGAACAAGACUAUGAAAGAGAGCGUGAAGAAAAAUUUCGGAAAACAAGUGAAGAAACCAACAGCAAUAUUUUGUGGUGGGCUAUAGUACAAACACUAAUCCUCAUCUCCGUUGGAGUCUGGCAAAUGAAAUCUCUAAGAGAUUUCUUUAUAUCUAAGAAGCUUGUUUAAGUUCUAUAAAGUCAAUGCACAGAUUCAAAAAUUGCACACCAUGUAACACUGAACAUCUAAAGAAACCCUGCACCUAUGAGAAAAUUGCUUGUAUAGAACUCUCAACCUUCUCUCAUCUUCUGCUCUGAUUCUAAUUCUCGUUUUUCCAGCUAGGGUACACCUCUGGCAUCCCUUUACAUUUUACUCCUUGAAUCCCAUGUUUUAUCAUAUUUUUUUCCCCCUCUAUGGAUGUAAAGCUAAAUUUAGAAGGAAUCAGUGACAAAGACAGCAUUUAAGUUCAAUAUUUAAUGAAGAACAUUUAAUUUAGGUUAAAUCUAAAAUAGAAAUCUAAGAUAAAUUUUCGUAAGAUUUUAAAUUAUUCUACUUGCUGAGUAAUCUUAUUUGGCACCAUGAACAGUUCAGCACUUCAGACUGACUAGAAUUCAGAUAGUAAACAGAGAAAUAAUUACAUCCCCUGCAGUGUUUAAUUGGGUGAGAGUGUCUUGAACUCAAUCUCUAUAUGCAUAACACCUAAAUAUAAUUGUGAAUGCUUUCAUGUAAAAUAUUCAGAGUUUGAACUGAUCAUUGGUGGCAGCAAUUACCAUGGAGAGAGAACCAGAAAAGCAAUUUGGAAUUAUACUUAUUUUUUACUUUCAGAAAAGCCCUAAACAUUAGGCUAUAGAAUUGAUGACGAUCAGAUUCCUCCCACAGUUGUUUAUGUAAAUUAUAGUCUUUAUGAAGUAUGCCAAAGUAACCCAAAUUAUAGGUUUCUUGGUAAACAAUGACAAUUUUAUUUUAAUUAAUUCCUGCAACUAAAUGUUUCUGUGUUGAGAAUUUUUAUAAUUUUAAUUAUUUAGCAACUUGACUAUAACUGCCUACAGAAAUUACCAGUUUUUGACUUAAUUUUCCAUUUCACUUAUUGCAGCUUGGUUGCAUAUAUCUUUAUGCCCUAAUUUAACUAGUAUAUGUACAAAUAGCAGUGUAUCUGCAGUAUCGUACAGUGACAAGUCAAAGGCUGUGGUUAAAAAUUGAGAUAAUUAGCUUGACAAAGCCGUAGUAGUAAUAGGAAGGAGUUGGAGACGAUUACAUACCAAAACAUGGAAGUCAAAGUUUCUAGAGCACUGUGAUAGCGGAGUAUUGUGGUUUGUUUUCCUACCCAUUUUUUCAGACUCUUUUCUAGUUUAAAAGGUAGUGAAAGGUGAAAUAUCUGCAGACCAAUUAUUGUUCUAAAGGCACUGCUUUCCUUUCUUUCUUUUUUCCAUCUUCCCACCUGUUGUUUUCUUAUGAAAGGAAAUUACAUUCCCUGUAAGUCUACUUACAUAUCCAGCUUGGGAAUUAAAAUACAGCGGGUAGUAUGUGAGAAUCAAUAAAAUUGAUACAAAGUAGAGACUAAAAGCAAGGUUCCAGGGAACAAAUCAAUCCAAAUAAAAUCUUAUAAAGCUACUCGCUACAUUGUGUCCUAUUUUUAAAAAUUCGGAUACUUUGGAGGUGCCGCUUAGAAUGACCAGUAAGUAAGUGUUAUUAAAUUAACUUUUAUAGAGCACUCACUCACAACAUGUCUUGUAAUAACAUCUUUGGUGGUGGAUAAGUAGGAAAUAUGUGUUAAAACCAUAUGGUAUAUGAAGUCCAAGAAUAAAGUAAUAAAGUAUUGUGACAA